UUGCUCGAGUUUCAUCCAAGCAUUAAAAAAGAGUUUCCUUUCGAAGUUAAAGAUGAUACAGUUUUCAUUCGCGCUAGUCACCUUUCAGAUGAAGCAUUGAAGUUUAAUUGGAAACAUUUGGAAAAAAAUCAGUCAGUUUUUGCAAACCUGAUGUUAGCUCUCCUUUCAAGAUGUGGCUCUGAUAUUCACCUUCCAAUUAUGAAUGGUAAAAUCCCACUAAUUAAAUUCGAAUGUGAAUACAAAGAUGAAGUUCAAAAAAUCAAUUUACAAAAGACUGAAUUGAGCAAUAUGACCAGAAGUGAAUGCGUUGCAUUCAUUACUAAUCAACUGUUUGGAGGUGAUAGCAAUAAAGCUAACUUUUUUAAUUCUGGAGCAGCCACAGAAUUUUUCCAAAUUAUAUACCCGGAUAUGAACGAUUUUUAUCUCUUAUUCAUUGAUUCUAGAAUUGACGACAUCAAGGCGCACUUUGAAUCCAAAGAAAAGUCCGAAUUAAUUCCUCCAGAGGAAUUCGAAAAAAUAAUAACUUCUCCUUCCAAUAUUGAAACACUCCUGAAUCAAUCAGGAACUCCUAAUUCUAACCUGGUUGCUCAAGGAUCAUCAAUGAAUUCUAAAGAUUACUCAUUGUCAUCAUCUUGUGAAGAAGAACAAAAAGAACCAGAAGAUAUUAAUGAUUUCCUCAAAACUUUUGGCAAAGAUAAAUCUAAAGAUUAUCUUGUAAAAAAGCCAAAAAUAACUGCUCUUGAUGAAGUCAAAUUAAGAAUUGAUGCAAUUAAAAAUCACGAACUCUCUGAAAAAAUUGAUAUAGAGUUGUGCUAUAAAGGUUUCAUUGUUUCUUUCCAAUGCGAUAGAAAUACAUCAAAAGAGAAAAUUGUUGGAGAAGCUAAGAGACGUUUUAUAUCAUUACAAAACAUUCAAGAUGACUACAUAAUCUUUUCUAUUCCUGGGUUAUCAACUUCAAUUAAUAACGCUGAUUUAAUUGAUUUCUUAAAAACAAAGAGUUAUUUAAAGCUCAAUGUCCACAUUAGAAAGCCGAGCUAUAUAAAUUAA